CUUGAAUUUGCGUCAUGGCGAAGAUGUCGCUGAAUCCAGAGGCCAACGACCUGUAGCAAGAAAGUAGACGUUUAUAUAUCCAUGUCCACACAUUUCCUAAUCACUCAAGUGUCACUUUGAUCGUUGAGGUCACAACACUGAGGACAGGCAAGAUGUACGAGACACCUAUAAGCCUGCAGAAUUGCUGCGUCGAUUUUAUCUGUGAUAAUCUGACAGCUUUGUGUGAUGUCCAGACCAGUCUUGAUACGAAUCAGACAAAGUACUCAUUCAAGGAUGCAGAUGCCUAUUUCCAUAGCAACUUGUCUGAGCAGCUGAUGGCUUCACUAUGUGACAAGGGACGCCUGAAUGACGAAACCCUGGCUCUGUUUGACCCGAAUGUCACAACAUUGAGGCGCGUUAGCAUCAAAGAUGCACAAGUGACUACAAAAGGUUUACGAGUGUUCAAAUCACAUCGAAUCUCAGAACUGGAGAUAACUGGUCUAAAAAGUGUAACUGUGAAUGACAUCUUCAGCUGCUUGGGUGAAUGGACGCUUUCAAAUCUACGGGUACUUAAUGUCAGCAACUCGACCUUUCUAAACAGUGCAAAGUUUUGUGUUGUUGUUUCAUUAUCAAAACUGAGAAAUCUUCAAAGUUUAAACGUCAGUCAUACAGAGUUCAAUAAGCACGGACUUGAGAUUAUAGCAGAGGAUUUGCCUGGUCUUGAGAGUAUCGACAUCUCGGGGACGGCAAUUAAUGACGUCUCCCCACUCCGGAAGUGCAAGGACCGCCUUAAGUCACUGUCUAUGUACAAUCUACAGGUGACGAACACGGAGGACCUGGUGACGGUGUUGUGUGAGCUAACGCAGCUCAUGCAUCUGGACAUCUCCAGCGACAGCUCACAGUCUUUCAUCAGUAUUUAUCCGCCCAAGUUUCAGAUUACCUCCCUUCUUGAGAGGACCUUGAGUCACCCCAACUUGACGUCGCUGGACAUCUCCGGGCGGGAUGAUGUUGGUGAAGACCUACUCAAGAAGUACUUGAGUCAUCACCAACGACUUCGUUUCCUUGGCCUGGCUCUCAUCAAGGCCUGUCAAUACUCCAUGUUCAUCGACGAAUGCCCCGAAUAUCGAGAUGACAUUGUGGUGACAGGCGAGGCUAACGAGAAGCAGAUCGUGGAGGCCCUGCGGAGGUACUCUGUGCGAGCCGUCUAUGUACAGAGAGCCCUGUUCAAACUCUUCAGUUUCUCCCAGACCUGGCUUGAACCCCGGAAAGACAUAAUCAAGGUUGUACUGCCGUCGAUGAAGAGCCACCCGAAACAGCUCGGUGUCCAGAUGGCCGCCACAGCGUGUCUGUACAACCUCACCAAGUCGGAACUCGGCUCCAAGCUCCAUCCGGGCUGCCUCAAGUGUGUGGUUGAUCUCACGCUUACGGCCAUGGAGAACUUCCCUAAUCAUCAACAGCUUCAGAAGAAUGCCCUCCUGACUCUUUGCAGCGAUCGCAUCCUUCAAGACGUGAACUUUGACCGAUUCCGAUGUGCCCGGCUUGUCAUGGAGUGCUUGUGUUCAUUUGAAGACCCAUCCAUGAACCGGAUGUCUGUGGCAAUCUGCUCUAUACUGGCAGCCAAGAUAUCAACAGAGCAGACAUCUGUCCUGGGUGCCAAAUCACGCUACAUGAAAAAGUUGUUGUCGCUGGUGAAGCAACGGAUGGAGUCGGUGCAGAUCGACAUCACCCUCAAGUUCACUCUCAGCGCUCUUUGGAACCUCACAGAUGAGUCUGCACCCACCUGUCACGUGUUCCUCAACGAGAGCGGUCUGGAGUUGUUCAUGAAGAUGCUGCAGACGCUGAAUGACACGCUUGACCUGGAGAACGAGAGCAGGGUCCAAGUGGAGACCAAAAUACUCGGGCUACUGAACAACAUUGCCGAGGUGAAGAACCUGCGACAGUCCCUGAUGAGAGAGGACUUCAUCAUGCUGGUCAAACGGUUGCUGCACACCGAGUUUAUUGAUGUGAGUUACUUUGCGGCGGGGAUCGUAGCUCACCUGGCUAGUGAUGGGGAGGAGUCCUGGCUGCUGGCCGGCACCCCUCGGGAGGAUAUCCUGGAGGACCUGGCUGCAGUUGUUCGGAGAUGGCAGCAGCCGCAGAGUGAAAUGGUGGCCUACAGGUCAUUUAACCCUUUCUUCCCACUGCUGGACUGUCAUGAUGCCCCCUCAGUGCAGCUCUGGGCCGUAUGGGCCAUCAACCAUGUCUGUACCAAGAAUGGCAAGCGGUACUGCCCCCUGUUGAAGGAAGAAGGAGGCGUGGAGAAGAUUCACCAGCUGGUGGUCGCCAGCACGGAUCUCAAUGUAGUUGGUAUAUCAAAAACAAUCCUCAGCCUGCUGCAAGAACACGUGAAAAGUGUGUAGACCGUGCCUCCACCCUGAUUCAUGGCCAGACAGGACCUCCUCCGGGAUGGGCUCUGCUAGGUUAGGCGAGGAAUUUCAGUGCAAUCAACAAAGUGAGGUGUUCAGGGAUUUGAAUUGACAUGAACAUGCUGACCAAUUGUUAGAAAUUCUACAGGGGCAAAUGUGCCAGACACAGAAAGUUGUUGUAAAAGUUGGUAUUUGUAUUUUGGGUGUAUCGGUAUAAAUCUCCUCAUUGUCAGCAGGUUGUCAUGGUGUGGUUGGGGAUUGCACCAGCAUGCCUGGACGACAUGUCACUGGGAGUGGAAAAACUUUCAUGUAGCUGCUUCUACAUGGGUUACAAAUCAGUGCCAAGUUGUAUUAGAAAUUGUCGACAGGUAUUAUGACCUGGAAGAGUUUUGAAGAUGGCAGUCAUUCAAGAUGGCUGAGAUGCGUCGUGGACGGCACUACAUCGAUUCCUGUCUGUGGAAGAUACUGCUGCUGUGUGACCUGCGUCCUGGUGAUGGAAACAAGCCACUACAAUGUGUAGUUAAACUGACACGUGACACUGAUGUGAUUUAUGGACUUCUGUAGUUUGUAUUCCAACUGACAUAAUCAACCCUGUACAUGAACUUGACAUAGUUAUACGCAGUACUCUAUUUAUUGUUUCCUGGCUGUAAGAUUUUCAACUGUAAGAUAUGUGGAGCUGUCACUAUUUUAUUACUGAACAUAACUCUGAGAUGUACACUGGUGCCCAGUCUUGCAGAAAGGGAGACAACUGUAUUAGACUGUUUGACCAACGCCGACAUUUCUUUAGUGCUGUGAAGACUUGGACUUUCUUUCACUGCUUUUCGUGGUUGUUUUCUUGUUACAUGUUAGAUAUUAUUAAUUAUCUAUUUCAGUUACCAUGGUUACACACAACUUGUCAGGUUAAUGAAAGUUGAUCAAAGUUUUGUAGAGUGUGUUUUCUGUGCAUAUAUUGAAAAUAAUUUAAGUUUCUCAAUUUGAGAAAAUCCAGAGUUUCUUCACAUUGACGAUUUCAUGAUGGAACUAGGAAGAACCCUGAAAUGAUGAUAGUACACAUCUUCAUGGGAAAUAUUUCUAUUACGAGCACAAAGUUACGGUACUAUCAGUGAUGAUAGUACACAUCUUCAUGGGAAAUAUUUCUAUUACGAGCACAAAGUUACGGUACUAUCAGGGUAUGGUACUAUUAGAUUUGCCAUAUUGUGGUCCCAUAUGUUGUGGUGUUUGGUACAAGUUGGAGUGGUUUAUUGUAGUUUCAGUGUAAAUUCUCAUGAAGGGCUGUACCAGAUAUGUGAUAUUCGGAAAUAUAAGUCAAUGUCAAGUAAGAUGGUGGUAUUGUUGUUCACAGUCAGGUUGUCAUGUUAUCCCUUAACACUCAUACAUCCUUGUUCCUGAAACAAAGAGUAGGUUAAAUUGGACGAUAUCUUUAAAUUAAUAAACAGAAAUGCUUUAUCCGUGGAUUCAUUUGCUUGUAUUUAAACAACAAUUAUUACCUGUCAUGAUAUUUAGCUUCUCAUAAACACAUCUAUGUUACUAUGAUACUGAUUGGAUGUUCAAAAUGAGAAAUCAGACAUCUUUCUUGUUGUUAUUUCAGUGGUAUGUCAUGAUCACAUUCUUUCUCAUCGAAUAAUAAUGCUUGUUACCAUGGUUACAUAUCAGAAUAACUCCUCAUCAGUGAUGUAACGACUGUUAUCCCCCUGUUACAGUCCUUUGACUGGCUAGCCUGCUUCCCUCGGACUACACCGGCAGUGUGUCACAUGGCUCCCACGUCGUAUUACACAAGUUUCACAUGUUUGGGUAAUUAUGGCGAGGAGAAUAUUUGAGUGAGGAGUUAGUGAGGCACAUUCUUUGUUGACAUAUAUGGCGGACAAUGCCUCGUGGUGAAAUGUAAUCAGUGUCUCAAAGCUACCGAGCUGAUGUUGUUGUUGUACAGCUGUCUCCAAAGAUGCUAUUGGAUGAACUAUGAAGUCACUUGUUAUCUUUUGUAACCAGUUAAGUGGAAUAUUUCACAAAUAAGUAUUAUGAUUGUUUUCAAUAAUAGAUUAUAGAAUGUAAAGUGUUGUUGAGUUUUGCGGACAUUUUUAUUCCUGAAGAGAACAUAUGAUGAAAUAUUGAUUCUGAUGCUAGAAAAAUGACAUAAUUGUGAUGCUGAUUGAGAAACUUCCCAUGUUUAAAGGGGGACUUGGUUUGGGCAAAUAAGCAGUCCCAGCUAGUUUCAUUCAAGUGAUUCACACACUACUUUGUGGAUGUCAAUUACAAGUCAGUGAUUAGCCUGAUUAUACUGAGACAGUGUCAGCUUUUAACAAGGAAGUAAUGUUCGACCUGUGCUUAAUCAAUUUAAAAUCAGAUCUUAGUUCUCGCUCCUGCUAAACAAAGAUCUGAGAACACCCCAUUACGGGUCAUGUCAGACCGACCUUUCGCAAACUUUGUCCGACCAAUGGAAUGAGUGACAAGAAGUUGACAUUAGCCAAUCAGAAGGCAGCUUUCUCGUGCUUUACGUCACUAAUUUCAAAUUGGCGACUACGCUUCGAAACAUUUUGACAAAUUCUCGAUUAAAAAUUUGAAUAUUCUGGCAUGGCUAAUUGAUGGACUACAUUGUAUGGAUUCAGUUGCUAAGCCCGUAACUAUCGUUCGGAAUACCUCGGCCGUGUUAAGGUUUUCGAGGUUGCAUGAUUAGAAAUCACAUUCCGACUGUCACUUUCAUGAUCUGGUAAGCGUUGCUCUGAUUGGUCUGAAAGGUAGUUCUGACGAGACCCCUAAUGGGAUGUCCUCAGAUCUUUGUUUAGCGGUAGCGAGAACUAAGAUCUGAUUUAAUGAGAUUGGACCUGUGCUGAAAAUGGGCAAGAGAUCAUGGAGUCGAGUAUCCCUUUAAGUACAGCAUUUAGUGGAGAUUCUACAUACACAUCGACAGCUAGAUGAUGUGAGUUAAAGAGUAGGAAGGUGCAGAGGCUAAUGAUCAUGAUGAUCCCUAUCGAUGCAGCAUAAAUGAUGGCUUAAACCAGAUGUUAUGAUCCCUAUCGAAACAGCAUCACUGAUGGCGUAAACCAGAUGUUAUGAUCCCUAUCCAUGCAGCAUCAUUGAUGGUGUAAACCAGAUGUUGUGAUCCCUAUCGAAACAGCAUCACUGAUGGCUUAAACCAGAUGUUGUGAUCCCUAUCGAUGCAGCAUCAUUCAUGGCUUAAACCAGAUGUUGUGAUCCCUAUCGAUGCAGCAUCAUUGAUGGCGUAAACCAGAUGUUAUGAUCCCUAUCGAAACAGCAUCACUGAUGGCUUAAACCAGAUGUUAUGAUCCCUAUCGAAACAGCAUCACUGAUGGCUUAAACCAGAUGUUAUGAUCCCUAUCGAAACAGCAUCACUGAUGGCUUAAACCAGAUGUUAUGAUCCCUAUCGAAACAGCAUCAUUGAUGGCGUAAACCAGAUGUUAUGAUCCCUAUCGAUGCAGCAUCACUGAUGGCUUAAACCAGAUGUUAUGAUCCCUAUCGAAACAGCAUCAUUGAUGGCGUAAACCAGAUGUUAUGAUCCCUAUCGAUGCAGCAUCAUUGAUGGCAUAAACCAGAUGUUGUGAUCCCUAUCAAUGCAGCAUCAUUGAUGGCGUAAACAAGAUGUUAUGAUCCCUAUCGAUGCAGCAUCAUUGAUGGCUUAAACCAGAUGUUGUGAUCCCUAUCGAUGCAGCAUCAUUGGCGUAAACCAGAUGUUAUGAUCCCUAUCGAUGCAGCAUCAUUGAUGGCGUAAACCAGAUGUUGUGAUCCCUAUCGAUGCAGCAUCAUUGAUGGCUUAAACCAGAUGUUAUGAUCCCUAUCGAUGCAGCAUCAUUGAUGGCUUAAACCAGAUGUUGUGAUCCCUAUCGAUGCAGCGUCAUUGAUGGCGUAAACCAGAUGUUGUGAUUCCUAUUGAUGCAGCAUCAUUGAUGGCGUAAACCAGAUGUUAUGAUCCCUAUCGAUGCAGCAUCAUUGAUGGCUUAAACCAGAUGUUAUGAUCCCUAUCGAUGCAGCAUCACUGAUGGCGUAAACCAGAUGUUAUGAUCCCUAUCGAUGCAGCAUCAUUAAUGGCUUAAACCAGAUGUUGAGCACAAUUGCAUGUCACCUGUCACUCAUCACAUAAUGUUCACAUGGGUUGUUACCAUGGUUACAGUUUGCAACUGACACUGUUACACAGUUGUAUGAUCCCUGUUAUUUGAUUCCAGUUGUCCAUCUCUCCGAGCAAUAACUGUUACUGGCUUCCUCCCAUAAUUUGUACACAAUUACCAGUGUUAACAUUGUACAUCUCCUUGUCUUCAGUCAUCCAUAGGUGGAAUCACCAUGCGCUGUAUUAACACUUCUAUUCAAUUUGCCUUUAGACUGGCACAAGCUGAACAGUCCUUGUCUUGCUUUGUACUUUUGGGGGCACUAAUAUUUCUCAGCUGACAGAGAUAUUGAUAAAAGUGGACGAAUCGUUUAAGCACAAAUGAAAAUAUGAGUUUUUAAAAGAUAAUUAAUGAGUCAUUUAGCAUUUGUUUGCAGGCACUUUGUCUCAAGCUGUGCAUGGCUGAGAUGCUAUAUAGUACUCAGAUAAAAAUAUUUAUUUCUGUGUUGUGAAAUGUUUUUAACUUGAUAGGAAUCACUGACCACAGCUCCUGCUGUUAUUAAGGUGGCAGAUGUUGAUACUGCUGUGCGGAGUUGCAUCCCUUAGCUGCCAGGAUCUGCUGACAUUAAGAUCCGAGUGAAACCUUGUUUUGUCGCUGUGUUGAAGGCUGGUUUAAGCGUAGGUCGUUUUCACAGUUUGUCAAUUUUUCUGGCCAGUCGUUCAUUUCAGGUGACUACUGUCUUGUUUUCUAUAUGAAAUUGAUGUUGACAGGAGGAAGGUGUAAUUUGUUACCUAUAUCUUGUUGACGAGCUGUCACCACCAGCCAUGGCCGGGCCAGGGGCAGGCAGAGGAAUAAAAAUGUUAUGUAUA